UUGUACUCCUGACAUAAACUUAUAAACAUAGCAGUAAAUGGAAACAUCCUCCGAUACCCCUAUGUGUCACCUGUGCCUGGUAACAGGACAUACAAAAACCCACAAAAAGGAAAACAGUUCACAAACAGGAAGUAAGUUGAAGUGGGGAAACCCAGAUUUUGCAUUUAAAUUCACGAGUGACGUUUUACUUCCUCCUUCAAACUGCAUAACACUCGGUGCACACAGUCAGUACGCUCACUUCUCGCCUGGACAACACGACCUACCCACGAUGACUUCGCCGAUCACGUUGAUGUUGGUGCUGUUCCUGACGUCGGUGCAAGGCAACGUGUUGCUGAAGGACGCCAUUAGGAAUGCGUUCUACGGCUUGUCCCGUGACUUUGCGAGUGGCGGCUCGAAACAACUCACCGAGGCCGGCCAUGUGCAGAGCUGCAGCCCAACAGACCCUAAGUUCAAUGUGACGUGGGAGCCCAAGGUUCUCGACCCCGAGGGGAGUAUCGUUGUCAACUACACCUAUAAGAUCCCUCACGACUUCAACUCGGGAAUUGCUGACGUAGCCCUGUACUUCAACAAGAUACAAAACCCCAUCUUUGAAGACUCGUUCCCCGUCACCUGCGAUGAAGUCAAGAAAUACAUUCCCUGUCCUUUCAAGGGCGGACCAACUUUCCAUGGAACCUACCCCUACUCGAACCUGCUCAUCCUUAAAGGUUAUGAUGGUAUCUACAAAGCCAAAGUGAAUCUGAAGAACCAGGAUGGACAGGUCAUGUUCUGUGCCAUAGCAGUAGUUGAAAUCAAAGGCAAGGAUCAAGACACCCGAAACCCACUGCUGCUUUAAAUGAAGACCAAACUCGACUUUAAUUCAACUUCCAUCUAUUUAGAACAUACGGCGUUGUGUCCCUUUAACCAGGAAGUACCAGAUGUUCGUUGGUGUUGAAAGAAACAAUACGUCUUCCUGUUUCUGCUUAUUGUCAGUGCUGCCUUGGCUACUUGCGGUAGCAAAGGAAUACUGUUAUCAUCCUCUAUGCUGACAUGCUGUCAUUUAGAAGAACAUAAAACUCUCAAAAUAUGAAA